AUGUCCUUCUGUUACCACGUUACCCUAUAUAAUGAGGCCGUGCCCUUGGCGGGUAUAUUCGAUAAAAUUUCCCUGUCUUUAGUUGGGUCGCUUCGGAGCUCGGAAACUUUUAGUUCGUGGGGCCGGACUCCGUUUGAAAGAACGGGCGGUGAAGCCGUGGAGGUGAAUACACGGUCCAACCUCGGCGACAUUCUGGUGGUGAGGCUGUUCAAAGAGAAACACUUUCUGCUGGAGGGCAGCUGGUAUUGCAGCCACAUCACGGUGAAAACCUGUACUCCAGAGAAGAUGUACUAUUUCCCAUGCUACGCCUGGCUGAGUGAUGGUGAUUCCCUGGAUGUCAUUGAAGGAUCUGUCUGGACACGACAUGAAUACGAUUUGGCCACCGUGAAGGAAUAUCGGGAAAAGGAACUGCAGAAGAGACAAGCCAUGUACCAGUGGAGUACUUCUGCAGCAGAAAUUCCAAAAAGCAUUCACUGUGCAAGCACCAGUGACUUGCCGAGAGACGCAGUGAUUGCAUUCGACAGGAAGGUCAGAACCUUCCUUAACAUAGAUACUGCCAUUGUGGAGCUCGGGCUGCAGCCACUGAAGAUGUGCCAUGAGGUGUGGAGUACGCUGAGCGAAUUACAAACCUUCUGUGAGAUCAACAGAGAUCCAGUCUCAGAAUAUGUGAAGAAACACUGGGAUGAAGACAAAUUCUUCGGCUAUCAGUACCUGAACGGAUCAAACCCUGUUCUCAUCCAACAGUGCAGCGAGAUCCCAGCAAAGUUCCCCGUUAAGGACGAAAUGGUCGCCCCCAUCCUGGCGUACGGCACCACCCUCCAGCAGGAGGUCCAGAAUGGCAAUAUCUUCAUUGUUGACUAUGCGUUACUGAAUGGAAUUGCAGCCAACACAAAGCCGAAGCAGCAAUACCUCGAAGCACCGAUGUGUCUCUUGUACCUGAAUCCAAAGAAUGAAUUAGUUCCCAUUGCAAUCCAGAUCAAACAGGAGCCGGGUCCAGAGAACCCCAUCUUUCUUCCGACGGACAGCAAAUACGACUGGCUCCUGGCCAAGAUCUGGGUUCGUCACGCUGACACACAGAUCCACCAGCUCGUCUCACACUUGCUGAACACUCAUCUGUUUGCCGAAGUCUUCUGCAUCGCGACCCUCCGGAAGCUUCCGAGCGCACACCCAGUUUUUAAGCUUCUGAUGCCUCACCUGAAAUUCACUUUACACAUCAACACCGAAGCAAGAGCUCUCCUGAUCUCAGACGGUGGGAUCUUUGAUCAGGCUUUUUCUACGGGAGAGACGGCCAAAUUGAUGAUUCUGCAGCGGGCUCUGGCGAACACGACCUACUCAUCUCUGUGCCUUCCGGACAAUUUGGCCUCUCGAAGAGUGAAAAAGAUCCCCAACUACUAUUACAGAGAUGACGCUCUGAAGAUCUGGCACGCCAUCAACAAGUUCGUGGCAAAUAUCGUUGACAUUUACUACGACAGCGAUGCAUCCGUCCAAGAGGAUGAGGAAAUUCAAGAAUGGGCAAAGGAAAUCUUCACUGAAGGAUUCUUGGCGAAGCAAUCCUCAGGUUUCCCCACGUCAUUCUCCACCAAGGACGAUCUCAUCAAGUACCUGACCAUGGUCAUAUUCAGUUGUUCUGCCCAGCACUCUGCAGUGAAUGCCGGACAGUUUGACUGGGGAUCCUGGGUCCGAAACAAUCCUUCCACCAUGCAGAAACCAGCGCCCACAGAAAAGGGGAAAGUCACUGAGGAAGACAUCUUAAGCACUUUGCCGAUGAAAAGUGCCUCGGUGCUGGUGCUUGCAACCAUCCAUCUGCUCAGUCAACCAUCUCCCUCCGAAACGAAGUUGGGUACGUACAUGGAACAACGCUUCAUUGAACAGAGAGCUAAGGAAUGCAUGGAGAAGUUCCAGGAAGCACUCAUGAAAAUCGAGAAUGAGAUAAAGAAGCGCAACGAGGGCCUUGAGCUGAAGUAUACGUACCUUAUUCCGAGUGUCAUCGAGAACAGUGUGGCGAUGUGA